AUGCUAUGCCGGUUGAAGCAGCAGCGACAACAACGUUACCAACAGGCAGGGGAAAGUUUGUCUAAACUCCUUGACGAGGCUGAGGCUGAGAUGGAUUUUGUUUCGGCUGCACAAACUAAGGUGGCAAAAAGUGACAAAAAUCGCUUUAAAGGUCGGGAUAGCGAUAAAACUCGAGAUCCCCAUGCAAAGCCAGUUGAAGAGCAACUUGCACUUAGGCUUUCUCAAGCUCGACCAGAGACACUUAGACGGACAGCUCGUGCGUCUAUGAUGCAACAGGCCCCCGCCUGUUUGCUUUUGCUUGCUAUGUGCUCGCAUCUUAAGGAACAAUACUCUCUCACUGAUAGUAAACUCCGACUAUACUCUCCAUCAGAUCCUGCAAAACAAUGGGAUAAACCCCUUUCUAUCCUAUCCGUAUCUAGCACCACGUGCUCCCUUUCUGCCAACCGACGUAUCAGUGGCUGCGCUGGGUCUAGUAACUUGGAUCACAAAUUUCCACUCCUUUCUAUUCCUAGCAUCGUCGAACAAUGCGUUCUUGAUCCGAUUUGGCAGCAGUUUGAUAUUUCUUCUGGUUCUGGCUCAAGCAAUGAUGACGACGGCGAUACCAAGGCCAUUGAUACUACAAUUUGUAGUACUGAUGAAUCAGACCGAGCUACUGGUGGAUGUGGCCCAUCGGAUCUGUUGAUUGUGCGUCAUUUCAUUUUUCUCCGACAGAGCUUGCUUUCUAUUGGUGAAGUAGGAAGGCGAAUCGAAAACAAGGAAUUAAUUAAAAAUGAUCCUUCAGACUGCUUCAUGGGGGUUACUUCGGGUGAUCCGGUUGGACUUAUGCAAGGUUCGUUAAACUAA